AUGACUGCUCGCUAUGCUCCAUUGGCUUGCUUCAUAUGUGGUUGGUUCAACUUCAUCGGAAAUGUUAUGGGCGAUGUUGCAAUGUCAUCUGGCUUUGCUACAAUGCUGAAUACAGCUAUGAUUAUUUCUGGCAAUAGUUCGUUGAGCACUGGUGUUCAAACAGGCAUAUCUAUCGGCAUGACUUUUAUUUGGGUUACGACAAAUGCUCUGAGGAUCGACCAACAAGGCUGGAUUCACACUUUGGCUACUGGCAUUCAAAUAGGUGGCGUAAUUAUCAUUGCUACCGUUCUUUUCACCAUGGCUCGUCAACAAGCUACUGCCGAAGAUGUUUUCACGUCCACAUACAAUGGUACUGGCUUUCCUUUCAUUUAUGUGUGCUUCAUUGGUGUCAUUCCGGCACUGUUUGCAUUUUCUGGUUAUGACAGUGGUGCUCAUUUGGCAGAAGAAACUCGUGAUGCUAGUCGUGCAACUCCCAAAGGAAUUGUGGGCACUUGUAUAUGUAGUGCUGUAGCUGGUGCUACUUUCUUGCUUGCUCUUCUCUUUUCAAUUCCGAAUGUACGCUCUUUUGUUGAGAGCAAUCAAUAUAGUGGUAGUGAACUUAAUUUAGCAAUCGCCACCUGCCAGCUGGCUGUCCCUUCUCCGGGACCACUUCUAUUAACAAUUCUUCUCCUCGUCAAUAUGUACUUUGCUGGCAUGUCAUCAUUGACUGGCACUAGUCGUAUAAGUUUCGCCAUGGCUCGCGAUGGAGUUCUUCCAUUCUCUGCGAUUCUUCGUUGGAUUUUUCAGCCAACAAAAAGUCCAAUCGCUACUUUGAUAUUUAUUUUCAUUCUUGAAUCUUCAUUUCUUUUAUUGCAAUUAGCAGAGCCUACUGCUUUCAAUGCUUUUCUCGCUAGUAAUACCCUUGGCCUUCAAAUAUCAUAUGGUAUACCUGUUCUAUUACGUUGCACAGUGGCACGUAACUGUUUUGUGCUUGGUGAAUUCAAUCUAGGUCGCUUUGGUCAGCCGAUCGCUGUUAUUUCAUCAGCUUGGCUUUUUAUAACAGCAUUCAUUAUGUUUUUUCCAUUUCAAUAUCCGGUGACAUCAAACAAUAUGAACUAUGCUGUAGUCAUCAUUGGUGGUACUUCUUUGGUUGCUGCAGUCUAUUGGAUUGUCUCUGCUCGUCAUUGGUUUCUAGGUCCAAAGCGAACACAUAUCGAUUCAACUCCGUUACUGCCAGUCCAAGGUUUAAAUAAAGAGAGUAACGAGGGUUUACCAUCAUCUGAUUCUGUUCGUCCUUGA